UGACAGAAAUCAAAAAGAGACAACUGAUUUCUCAUGACUGGACUUUUUGCCCCCCUUUAAUUUUGAAAUUGCAUUUUUUGCCGGUAGCUUUCAGAAGAGGCAACUAAACAAAACCAGCCAAUCAGCGCCGCGUCCUCAGCAUCCAGGAGCAGCGUUAUAAGGACUCAGCAUCACUUGGAGGAGCUGGAAGCAGUCCUGCGGGAAUCUGCGCGUCCGUGGAUUUCUCCUGGAUGGAUUAUAAUUUAGAAGUACUUUUCUCUUGAGGUCGCGUCGCUCCUCUUCACUUCGCCGCUCUCCAGUCCGGUCACACACGGUGAAUUAUCACCCGACCCGUUUACGUGUCUCGGUAUUGCGGUACUUUUGCUGACCACUUGCGGUAUAAAUGCACUGCUAGAAGAUCGGCUCCACUGCGCAAACGAACCCCCCGCCUCUGUUUACUGUCAGCCACUUUAAUCACUUUGCUCAACUGAAUAUUUGGACUAAUUUUGGAACAGAGCCUAGACAUUCUCAUCUCUUUUUUUUUCUUUGAUCUUGCUGUUUUUAUUUUUUUAUUUUGUAUCUUUGGUUGUACUUCAGACCCUCCCUCUCCUGCAUCUCAGCCCGUCACCCCUCCUCCACCGCUGCCCGUGAGUCAGUUCAAACAGCUGCAUAGAAGAUGUCUGCCCCAGAUGCUGCCCCAGCUGGAGCCCCUGGCGCUCCAGGAGCCCCUGGUGGAGAUGGCGCCCCAUCUGGCGGACCUCCCGCCCCACCCAAUACCUCCAGCAACCGCAGGCUACAGCAGACACAGGCCCAAGUCGAGGAGGUGGUGGAUAUCAUGCGAGUGAAUGUGGACAAGGUUUUGGAAAGGGACCAGAAGCUUUCAGAGCUGGAUGACAGAGCGGAUGCUCUCCAAGCCGGAGCCUCCCAGUUUGAAAGCUGCGCAGCCAAGCUAAAGAACAAGUACUGGUGGAAGAACUGCAAGAUGAUGAUCAUGAUGGGUAUCAUUGGAGUCAUUGUGGUUGGAAUAAUAUUCUUGUACUUCUUCUACUGAGCUCAGCCCAUCAACACAGAUGGAUAUGGACUUGAGAAUGACAUGAGAGGGAAGAGAAAAAAAGAAACCCAAGCGCCCCCUUUUAUCUGUCCUCUCCUUCCUCUCUUCACACAGUCUUCCAUCAAACCAUCUUGCACUUAUACAUGACAGUAGUGUUUAUAGGUGUCUCUGCUCUCUUUGUCCCCCUUUCCCUCCCUUCUUAUUGCUUUCUUCCAGUGUUUUGGCGUCAUGUCUCACUCACUCUCUCCUGUCUCUGCACCUCAUGUAUUAUUGAAGGACGCAGCAGGCAGAGUGAAAGAGGAAGAAAGAAAGGGAAGGAGGGAUUGAGAAAAUUCUUGUGACACAGGGGACUCGUGGGGCUAAGCCCUCUGAACGGAGCCAUGGGGGGGAAAUGUACAAUGUACAGUUGGUGAAUGUGUGCAGGGAAAUUGAACCAGAGUUUGCAGUCCUUUCAACCCCAGAUACGCCAAAGCUUGUUCAUAUUACCUUUUUUGAGAGUCCUACAUUUGUAAAUUGAUAUUGACAUACCUAACUAACGCACUCCUUCCAUCACAACUGCUACCAUUAUUGCUACUUACUAACAAAAGGUCAUGUUAGAAUAAGAUUCUGAACAUUUUUGUUGUAUGCGCGUGUGUGUAUUUGUGAUCCAAAGCAUUGUAGCCAGUAGCUUUUUCCAAGUUUAUGUGAUAGGCUUUUAUUCGUAACUUUUUUGUUUCCUUUCCUGCCUAACUUUCUCUUACAUAGUCUCUUAUUUCUGUAACGUCCAGUAGUGACAAUAAGAGAUAGAAAUUAGACAAAUGAAGAGACUGUGUGAGUAUAAGGAAAGGAAGAAGUGAUAGAGGGAAAGGUAGUAAAGUAUUGCAGCAUUUCUCUCCUGUAUGAAUAAAACAAACUUAAUUCUGGACUGAUAAGCGAUUAUUGAUAAAGUAGGUGUAUAACUAUGCUUCAUUUUACCUUGGUUUUUGUACCACAGGUGGUGGCAUAGUAAUAUGCACAGCAAGACAAGCAGCCACUUAUAGACAAUCUACUAUAUACAUGAACUGACUGCUGCGACCCAGAGGAAGGUCUCUUAACUCUGAUUUGGACAGAGUCACAGCCAUAGACAGAUGAAUGUGUAGCAUCACAUUUCAAACAGGUACAAAUGCCAACUUGCUUGGAAAGUUGUGCAGACAAAGCGUUUGUUUGAUUGUUGUUUAAGUUGACCUAAUCUUCAAAAAGCAGGAAAAUGGGAGAAAGGACAUGAUUUAGAAAAGCCCAGAGCCACCCGGCCCUCCCACUCCCCUCUCACUCACAUAUCUCACCUGUCACCUGCAGUAUGGUAACGGCCAAAGUGAGGUGUUUGUUUCUAACUUGCAUGGCAAACGGUGUCCAUAGUUUUGCCUUUUUGUGUGACCUGUGUAUCUGCCAUUUCUGAAUCUAACUGCCGACUGUACAUUUUUUUUUGUUAGUGGUUUAAAGGACCUGUGUAUACUGUCUUUCUGAUCUGAUAAUUACUGCUUAUGCAAUGCAAUGAUGCUCAAGAGUUUGCCAGAUUUGUUUAAUUUCACUUGCUUUUGAGAGAAAAAUAUUAUUCAGACUGCAAACAACUGCUACUAUAGUGAACUGUUAAAACAUGUAGUAUUGUAUGGAUAGAACAAUAAUACACAUCUGUCAGAUUAUGCUCCUGAAAAUGUGUUUAUAAAUUCUUUCAGGUUUUUGGGGGGUUGUUGGAUAUAAAAAAUAAUUUAAAAAAGAUUUUAUGUCUCUUAGGACUGAUUUUGAGAGUUGAUAAAAUUAAGAAAAUAUGAACAUCCUUAUGUGCAAAAUGCAUUUAUGCAUAAUUGUAACUGUUUGCCAUUAUCUGAUGAUACUGUGCAACAAUAUUAUGAGGUAAUUACCACAUGAGAUAGGACAACAUGUUUUGUGAUUUAAAACCUGAAGACGCAGUAUGAGAUGCAACUGGAUUUGCGGAAACAAAUGCAUGCUUACCACUUUUGC